CCAAAAUAAUUCGAAUGGAAUAGUUUUUUGUGAAAGAAUACCUCAAAUUUUAAUAGUUGCAUUAAAAGCAAAUUAUGUUGUCUUCUAACAGUAGUGUUAAUCCAAAUUCUCCAGCAGUUUCUUACAGUAAUGAAAGAGCAUCCACGUCCUCCAUUGGUGGUGGAGAUGUGGAAUAUGCUAGCGAUCCAGCUUCUGGUGGAUUUUUCCACUCUGAUUAUAAAAAACACGAUGACUUGAAACAAAUGUUAGAUUCUAAUAAAGAUGGGUUAAAAUUGGAGGCAAUGAAAAGAAUUAUUGGGAUGGUAGCUAAGGGAAGAGAUGCAUCAGAUUUAUUUCCUGCAGUUGUUAAAAAUGUUGUGUCAAAAAAUAUCGAAGUAAAGAAACUUGUGUAUGUAUAUUUAGUUAGAUAUGCUGAAGAACAACAAGAUUUGGCUUUGCUAUCUAUUUCAACAUUCCAGAGAGCACUAAAAGACCCUAAUCAACUUAUCAGAGCAAGUGCGCUCAGAGUUCUAUCAAGUAUAAGAGUGCCAAUGAUUGUUCCAAUUGUCAUGCUCGCUAUAAAAGAUUCAGCUUCAGAUAUGAGUCCAUAUGUUAGAAAAACUGCUGCACAUGCCAUUCCAAAGCUAUACAGCUUAGAUCCAGAACAGAAAGAUGAAUUAAUUAUCAUUAUAGAAAAAUUAUUAUCUGAACGCACAACAUUAGUUAUUGGAUCUGCUGUGAUGGCUUUUGAAGAAGUUUGCCCCGAAAGAACAGAUCUUAUUCAUAAAAAUUAUCGGAAACUAUGUAAUUUGCUUGUAGAUGUAGAUGAAUGGGGUCAAGUGAUUAUUAUUAAUAUGCUGACUCGCUAUGCUAGAACUCAGUUUGUGGAUCCUAAUAUUGAUAAUAAUUAUGAUGACGAUGAGAACAAACCAUUCUAUGAAGAUUCAUCUGAGGAAUCAGAUGGUGAUUUCAACUCAAAAAAUAAGAAUGAAAAAAAUAAAAAGCGUAAUGAAUCUUUAACAAAUUCUACAAGAACAACUUAUUCAUUAGAUCCUGACCAUAGAUUAUUACUUAGAAACACAAAGCCUCUGUUACAAAGUCGUAAUGCUUCUGUUGUUAUGGGUGUUGCACAAAUGUACCAUCAUAUUGCACCUAGAAGUGAAGUAAAUAUUGUCACAAAAGCUCUCAUAAGAUUAUUAAGAAGUCCAAGAGAAGUGCAAAGUGUUGUAUUAAACUGUAUAGCUUCAAUGUCCACAUUGCGAAAAGGAAUGUUUGAGCCUUAUUUGAAGUCUUUCUUUGUAAGAACAAGUGAUCAAACACAUAUAAAACUUCUAAAAUUGGAAAUUUUAACAAACCUGGCAACUGAGACUAGCAUAUCUGUGAUAUUGCGUGAAUUUCAAACAUAUAUAAGCAGUAAUGAUAAAGAAUUUGUAGCUGCUGCAAUACAAGCAAUUGGGCGCUGUGCAGCAACCAUCAAGGAGGUUACAGAUACUUGCCUUUCUGGACUUGUGCAUUUGCUAUCUAAUAAAGAUGAAGCCGUAGUUGCUGAAAGUGUAGUUGUAAUUAAGAAGCUUCUACAAACACAACCAUCUGAGCACCAAGAGAUAUUAGUACAAAUGGCAAAGUUGAUGGAUUUUAUUACUGUGCCUGCUGCUAGAGCAUCCAUUUUAUGGCUAAUGGGAGAGUAUUCAAAUAGAGUUCCGAAAAUUGCUCCUGAUGUUUUGCGAAAGCUGGCCAAAACAUUUAUUGAUGAGGAAGAUAUAGUAAAAUUGCAAGUUUUAAAUUUAGCAGUCAAAUUGUACUUGACCAACGCGAAACAGACAGAGUUGCUUUGUCAAUAUGUAUUCAGCUUAGCCCGUUACGAUCAAAACUACGAUAUUCGAGACCGAGCAAGAUUUCUGAAGCAGUUCAUUUUUUCCAACAAUCAAAAUUCUAAAUUAUCCAAAGUUGCCAAGAAAAUAUUUUUGGCGCCUAAGCCUGCUCCGUUAUUGGAAAGCAAAUUUAAAGAUAGAGAACAAUUUCAACUGGGCUCGCUUUCUCAUUAUAUUAAUUCGAGAGCAAAUGGUUAUAGAGAUUUACCUGAUUAUCCAAAAGAAGCACCAGAUAAUACAGUCAGAGAUGUUGUUUCUCCGCAGGAAUCAAUAGAAUAUGCUGUUGAAGAACCAGCAAAACCUGUUAUUACAAGAAAGCAGUCGUCCAAAAGACGGUCAUUCUAUUCGGAAUCAGAGCAAAGCUCAGAUGAAUCAGGUUCGGAAUCAAGUUCCGAGUCAAGUUCUUCUAGUGAAGGCUCAUCAUCAAGUACAAACUCUGCCGACAGUGCUGAUGAAACUCCAAAACCAGACAAAAAGAAACAGCAAAUAAUAAAAAUAGGAAGUUCCGACGCAAAUUCUGAGACCGAAGAUAGCGAUUCAGAUUCCGAAUCGGAUUCUGAUAGCGAUUCCUCCUCAGAGGAAUCUAGUAAAAGCGAAGUUGAAAACGGAACAUCGAAUGAUUCACAUAUUAUUACAAAUAAACAUAGUGAAAAUUCGAACAAAAAUAUUGAGAAAACUCCACCUAAAAGCAAUUUAGAUCUUCUAUUGGAGCUGGAUGAUCUGAAUAUGUCAACUCCGGUAAUGACACCCUCUUUAGGUGGUUUUCUAACACCAAUAACCCCAAAUGUAGCGAGUCCUAGUCCAGGUGUGGGCAUAGAAUUAGUAGGCCCUAGUCACAUUCCAUCUAAGACUUUCGACCUUUUGAACAAAUUUGCUGGAAAUGGUUUAAGUAUAACAUACCGUUUUCUGCGAUCACCACAUUUGUAUUCACAUAAAAUGGUAUCUAUUGAACUAGUUUUUAAAAAUUCAAACUCUCAAGAUAUUGCUGAUAUUAAAGUUGGCCAAAAGAAUCUAAUACCUGGUAUGAUAUUGAAUGAUUUUGCUCCUAUUGACACACUUGGCCCAAAUGCUUCUAGGACGGGAAUAAUUGGAGUGGAUUUUAAUGACUCCACGCAACCUGUUUCAUUUGAAAUCUCGUCAAGUUUAGGCAUUCAAAAGGUGACUUUGAAAGUACCAGUCGGUGAAAUUGUUCGAUCUAUUGUGUUACCAGAAAAAAUGUUUGAUGAAGAGCAGUUGAAGUUACGUGGGAUGACUGAGCAUGUUUGCAAUAUAAAUAUCCAAACAAAUCUUUUAGAUGCAAGGAACAUGUCGCAGAAAGUAUUCGAAUGCGUAAAUGUUGCUAGUAUUAAAGCCGAAUCAGCCAACACUUAUAAAUUCGCUGGCCAGACAUUAAGUUCAAAAUGUUUGGUAUUGAUCACUAUAAAAAUGAACAACAGCGACGCUAAAAUUAUAGUAAAUUGUGAGAAAAUGAUUAUCGGUUCUAUGUUAUUAAAUGAAAUUAAAUCUGUUAUGCAAUGA